AUGCGCGGGUCCGGCUUCAAGAGGCCUCGCGACGAGUCGCCCGGUCAGAAUAGCUGGCGGCGCGGCGAGUCUCGCUGGCUGUGCAACGAGCCGCCCUCAUCUGGCCGCUCUGCUGCCGGUGGUCAGCUCAAUGCCAGGCAACUCAACGGCCACAUCUCGCAUGCCAGCAACGCUGACGAGCUGCUCUCGCUCUGCGCUGCCAACAGCACAAGUUUGAAUAACAUCCACGCUGCGAACCUGUGGAACAAACUCGGCAAGCAGCGCAUCGAGCGGCGGCACGAGGAGCAGCUAGAGCGGCUGGUGAAGCGCACGCUCGAACUCAUACCGGCAUGCGAAGCACGCAACCUGGCAAACAUCGCUCACGGAGUGGCAAACGACUCGCUCGCGCGGAAUCCGUCGAGGUGGAGCAUCGAGGCCCGCUCCCAGCUGCACCAGUGGCAGCUCUGGCUCUUCCUUGAACGCGGCGCAGAAGAGCAGCAGCAUCUCCUCUCCGACUCUCAGCGCCUGCUUUUUCGCGAGGCCAUGCAGAUGACCGUAGCUCGCCCCUCUGGUUUGCAGCGUUCGGUCUCGGAUGCCCUUAGCGCCGUCCGGUCCGGCUUCGAGGAGGAGUAUCUCGAGCCGCGCACCGGCUACUCGCUCGAUCUGGCGCUGCCCUCCUCACACAUCGCGAUCGAGGUGGACGGCCCGUCUCACUUCCUACUGCCCGAUAGCCAAGGCGUGCGCGCGCCCAACGGCCCAACGAAGCUCAAGCGGCGCCUCCUCGCCGCGGCUGGCUGGAGGGUAAUCAGCGUUCCAUUCUAUGAGUGGGACGGCUUGAACACGGCCGAUGAGCGUCAAGCCUACUUGGAGCGAGCGGUCGGCUCGCUCGGACCGGACUACGAAGCUGACAGCUGCGGCAGCCCUAGCGGCAGCCCCAGCCCCGAAGAGGGAGGGAAUUGCGAGAUCGCGGCCGGUGCCUCUUCAGUGGAGCUGAGCCUCGAAGCGCAGGUGCGGCGCGAGGUGGCGCGGUACGCGCUAGACGAAGGCCGCCUGAGGGUGCUCGUGGAGGAGCAAGGGGCGAGCUUCAGUGCCACAGUGGCCGGCGUGGUCGUCGACAAGCUUUGCGGCUUCAUCGCGGCCGCCAAAGGCAUGAGCGGCACGGCGCACUACGCACUGCAUGCGACCGCAGCGGUCUCGGCUGAGGAGGCACGCGCCAACCUCAAGACUCUCGAGAAGAACUUGAAGAAACAGGUACAGAGGCGGCGGUGGAGUUGA